AUGUAUAGAUGACACGGGCUUCCCAAAGACACGGCGAAGAGAGCCAAAAAUCCUCAAAAUACACAAACGGAUAUUAGUCACAGCGUUCGUCCCAACUGGCCGGACACAUAAAUUAACUAGUUUAAUUGAUUGAGAAGCAAAUUGAGAGGACUCGUCACUCGGGAGCUCCCACUAUAAAGCUACGGCGGCGCGCGCCGACCCCAGAGCCACGGUCGAAAAGCGCGCGCAAAGAAAGAAAGAAAGAAAGAACGAGAGAGAAAGGCGCACGAGCCGCGGAGAAGAAGCGCGGCAACAGGCGCGUGGCGCAGAAGAGCAGCGUGCGGCAGGAGGCGGACCCGUUCGCUCGCGCGCUCCUUCUUCCCUUCUUCUUUGCGACGAGGAUAUGCCGCUGUCGAAGGUGUGACGGGCAGAGCGCGCGGCGACCGCACACUCACGCUUACCUGAGAGUGACAAAAGUGCCUCAGUUUCAGAGCUCAACUCGGUCAUAUAGUUAAUGAAUUUAUUUAUUUAUUUCUUUUAAACUUCAUCCUCGGCGCUUGUCCUCGGAACAGCGUUACUACGUUAGUUAGCAAAGAGAGUUAAAAAACCGCUGGAAAAAAAAGGAGCAGUUUGACUCAGUUUGAGUGACCAUGAAGCUGCUGCUCUCCGUCGUCGUUCUUUCCUUCCUUGUGGCGGAGCUCUGGUGUGAAGAAAGGGCUCCGAUCGAAGACCUCACUUACUGGGCCAGCAGCAAUGAAAGACCCGACGAGUGGCUGGCAUCCGACUCCUUCAGGGAGAUGCUGCGGAGAAUGACGAGGAAGCCGCGACCCCACCAGUUCUUCGGGCUCAUGGGGAAACGAUCCCCAACAAAUCCACAGAUAACCCGCAAAAGGCAGAAACUGAACUCUUUUGUUGGACUUAUGGGGAAGAGGAGCCAAGAGGAACCAGAUUCGUACGAAUGGAACACAAUACUAAAUUAUGGUCGGCGUUAAAUGAAUUGUUGUAAAGGUGCUUUACUGAAUGUCAUUCCAAGAAGUGAGAUGAAGAUGUAUGAUUUUAUAUACAUAUAUAAACACUUGUAAUCAAUUGUAGGUUAAAUAUUUUUCCUCCACACUGUGAUAAUACUGUAUCUCUGCCGAAUUUUAUUUUCCUGGAGGUUUGUCGGGUAACUGCUCAUUUAUUAUUGCCACAAAUACACCACAACCUGCUGUUUUGCAAGAGCUGGGAAAAUGCAUAGCACUGCCAUGUUCUGUAUUAGUGCCUCAUGGAUGUUUCUAUCUGUUCUACUGUGCUGUUAAUACACCUUUCGAUGUAACAA